GGGACCGGGAAUUUUGCGGUAAAUUGCCGAAUUGAGAUUUUUAUAUAUAAGGGAAUAAUGCGUUACGGUGGUACUCACGACCAGCAUUCAUACAAGUUUAUUUUGUGCCUAUUCGAUAAGCCUAAAAAUGAACGCUAUUGUGAUUUCUUUUGUUGUUGUUGCCUCAUUGGCUUUCGUUAAUGCCGACCUAACCGACGAGCAAAAGGCAAAAAUCGUAGCCAAUGGCAAACUAUGCGUAGGUGAAACUGGCGUCGAUACUGAAUUGAUCAAGCAAGCCCGUAAUGGAAAAUUUGUCGACGAUGAAAAGCUGAAAUCUUUUACUUUCUGCAUGUCCAAAAAACACGGUUUCCAAAAUGAUGCUGGUGAAAUUCAAACUGAAGUUGUUAGAGAGAAGAUGACUCAGGUUCUCGGCGAUGCGGAUGUUGUUAAUAAACUCAUUGAAACUUGUUUGGUCCCCAAAGAAUCUAACGAGGCAACGGCUUUUGAAACUUUCAAGUGCUACUAUGAAAAUACUCCCACCCAUGUAUCGAUUCUGUAAAUUUAUUUAAAACGUUAUUAUGCUUACAUGUUUUUAUUAUUGAUAAAAUGAAGGCCUGCUUUUUACCUUACCUACUAGUUGUUUUCUUGUCCUUCACCCAAAAUUUCAGUAAUUACUAAGUUGACAAUUUUCUGUAAUUAAACUUUUAAAUUAAAAGUUGUUCUAUU